UUAAUUAUUUUAAAAUUAACCACACUCUCAAAUCCCACUCUCUCUCUCAUAAAAUUAAAAUUAAAAAAUAAAUAAUAAAAUUAAAAUAAAAUUAAAAUAAAAUUGAGCCGUUUGAAUCACUUUUUCUAUAUAUAAAAACCAAAACCUUCGUCCCCACUCUAACCCUAAAUUUUCAUUUCCUCUCUUUCUCUCUCUAAAACUUCCUCCCUCUCUCUCUCUAAACUUCUCUGCUUUCGGUUUUUUUUUUUGGUGUAAUCGAAAAUGAGGGAAAUUCUUCACAUCCAGGGAGGCCAAUGCGGUAACCAGAUCGGAGCUAAGUUCUGGGAAGUUGUUUGUGCCGAGCACGGCAUUGAUUCCACCGGAAAGUACCAGGGAGACUCAGAUCUCCAACUUGAGAGGAUCAAUGUCUACUAUAACGAAGCCAGUUGUGGUAGAUUUGUUCCCAGAGCUGUACUCAUGGAUCUUGAACCUGGAACUAUGGAUAGCAUCAGAUCUGGUCCUUACGGCCAGAUCUUCAGACCUGACAACUUUGUUUUCGGUCAAUCUGGUGCUGGAAACAACUGGGCCAAAGGUCAUUACACCGAGGGUGCUGAGUUGAUCGAUUCCGUUCUUGAUGUUGUUCGUAAAGAGGCCGAAAACUGCGAUUGUCUGCAAGGUUUCCAGGUCUGUCAUUCCCUCGGAGGAGGGACUGGAUCUGGAAUGGGUACCCUUUUGAUCUCAAAGAUUAGAGAGGAAUACCCUGACCGGAUGAUGCUUACGUUCUCCGUUUUCCCUUCACCUAAGGUCUCCGACACAGUUGUUGAACCAUACAAUGCAACUUUGUCUGUUCAUCAACUCGUUGAAAACGCAGACGAGUGUAUGGUUCUUGACAACGAAGCUCUUUACGACAUUUGCUUCCGUACCCUGAAAUUAACCACUCCUAGCUUUGGUGAUUUAAACCACUUGAUCUCCGCAACAAUGUCUGGAGUCACAUGCUGUUUGAGAUUCCCUGGACAGUUGAACUCUGAUCUUAGAAAGCUUGCCGUCAACCUCAUUCCCUUCCCUCGUCUCCACUUUUUCAUGGUGGGUUUUGCUCCUCUAACUUCCCGUGGUUCUCAGCAGUACAGGGCCCUAACUGUUCCGGAGCUUACCCAGCAAAUGUGGGAUGCAAAGAACAUGAUGUGCGCUGCAGAUCCCCGCCAUGGUCGGUACCUCACAGCCUCAGCCAUGUUUAGAGGCAAGAUGAGCACCAAGGAGGUUGAUGAGCAGAUGAUCAAUGUCCAGAACAAGAAUUCAUCCUACUUUGUUGAAUGGAUUCCCAACAAUGUCAAGUCCACCGUUUGUGACAUCCCACCAACUGGCCUGAAAAUGGCAUCCACUUUCAUUGGAAACUCAACAUCCAUCCAGGAGAUGUUCCGUCGUGUGAGUGAGCAAUUUACAGCUAUGUUCAGGAGAAAAGCUUUCUUGCAUUGGUACACUGGCGAGGGCAUGGAUGAAAUGGAAUUCACUGAAGCCGAGAGCAACAUGAAUGAUCUUGUGUCCGAGUACCAGCAGUACCAGGAUGCUACUGCUGAGGAGGACGAUUACUAUGAUGAGGAAGAGGAGGAAGCUCAAGAGAUGUGAAGAAGUUGUGGGGUUUUGAAUUAAACAAAACAGCAUAUAUGCGUGGGUUGAUUAUGAUUUAGGCAAAUGAGAUUAUUGAUGGCUAAGCUAAGAUUACUAUAUAAUACCACAAAACCACCUGGUUGCCGGUCUCUGGCAAUGGUGUUUUUUGGUUGCUUUGUAGUAGGGACAAAUAUUAAUCUGUCUGAAAUUUGUUUCUGUUGAUUUAGUGUUGUUUUCAUAUGGUUUUAAGCAGACAUGAAAUCUUGAGAUAUGUGCUUGUGUUUACGUUUUUAUAUUUUGUUCAUAUAAUGUUUUUGUUUCACUAA